UUUCUUUUUUUUUCUUCUGUCGUCUUUUUUUAUAGACCAAAAUAAUACUCGGUUUGUUUAUUUACACACAUAAAAAUGGAGAAAACUGGAAGUUUAGAACUCAGAUGGAUUCAAGGUUUAAUAAACACAAACAUCGAGUUUGUGGACGAGAAAACCGUCUGUUACGGAUGUGGGAACCACGUCUGUUUCUUGAACCUGGAGACCAAAGCCCUCGGUGUGUUUCAGAGCCCUGCAGGGGUCGGAGCUCUCGCAGCGAGCGGCAGAAGCUGCACGUUUGCGUUUUCUGAGCAAAAACUGUCYCCCUCCAUAUUUGUGUACAUUUUCCCCGAACUACAGCUGAAGAAUGAACUAAAAGGAAUGGCCCAGCUGGACUACUCAUUGUUGACAUUUAGUGAUGAAGGUCCUUAUUUAGGCAGCUGCUCCUCUCUUCCUGACUACACCAUCACAGUGUGGAACUGGGAAAACGCAGAGGCACUUUGUACGCAGUCACAAGCUGGACAAGACGUUGUUUCUUUGGUGUUCAACCCCCUGAACUGGCUCCAGCUUUGUGCUUUGGGCACUACAACCCUCACUGUCUGGAAUAUAGAGAAGAGUGACAACCUUCAUGUCCUGAAACCGAGAGUUAUAGAGCUUCCAGCAGCUGAUGGGUCCUUUGCUGAAAGACGCUCUGAUACCACUCUCAUCAUCAACAACAAACUGCCCAGCAGUACGCUGCCUUCCUCCAGAGCCACAUUGACUCCUUCUGCCUUCUGUUGGACAGCCACAUCAAAGCUUUACGUGGGCUGCGCAGAAGGCUUUCUGCUCCUUGUUGACCCGGAGAGCUUCUCUGUCUCAAUCAUGUUCAACGCUACGACUGCCGAYACCAUUCCUGAACUUCGAAUAUUCGACUUCAAAGCUCUCGCUCUUAUUGAAAAUGGUCUCGUUGUUGUGGGAAAGGAGAGCGUGCUGCAUUGUGUGCCGAGAGAAACUCAGACCCACAUCACACAAACGUGGCCGUUGGAGAAACCUGUCACUGAUGUUAGGCUGUCCCCGGACAACGAAACCUUGCUUUUAUCUGCCAGUACAGGGCAAAUCUAUCUGCUGAACCCGUCCAAGUCAGACAGGGUUAUGAAGAUCCUGGAUGUGCUCAGUGGCAACUUUUUGACUGCUGCUUUUUUGCAGAUGGACAGGAACAUUUGUGUGUCUCUGAGGGACUCUGGAGUGCUGGAACUGUGGUCCUCAGAUGGCACCUGCCUUGGCUUUCUGCAUCUACAAACCAAGGUAACARGUCUGGCCUGCUGUCCUAUUGCACAUUACGCAGCUGUCGGAACAGAGUCAGGGUGUGUUCUCUUUGUCGACCUGAACAAAGAGGAGCGGCCUCGCUUGGUYCACCGGUUUUAUCUUUACCACUUUGCUGUGGAUCACCUAGCAUUUGACCAGGAGGGUCACUACCUAUUCGCCUGCAGUGGCWCAGAUCCACACGUCUAUGUAAUAGAUGCAAAACCAUCAGCAAGGUUUUCAGUUCUAGGAUACAUAGUUGUUUCUGGAUGCAUUUUGUCAGUUUCCACCCAAUGCCUCAGCCACGAUGAAGUGAAAGUUCUUGUUCUGUGCGCUGAACAGGAGGGCAAAAAUAAGGACGGUAGCUUGCUGAUAAUGAUUUCUCUUCCUGCCAGGAACAUUGCAGGUCCAGAUUGUGUAGACCGUCACGGUUGUCUGUCUCCUCACGUGCUCACAACGUUCAAAUACAAAGUGCCACUUCCACUCACAUCCUGUGCACUUGGAGCCRGUGAGCUCUUUGCUUACUGUGACAGGAAAAAAUCACUUCAGCGCUUUCAGCUUCCUGAGGAGACAGAGGGUGGAACCAGCCAAGAGCUGGUCCAGCUKAAGCCAAUGCAGGAAGUGAAAGGUCACCCACUGGGCCCUGCUUCUGUCCUCCUGUCUCCCAGCUGCCUCUGGUUGGCCUCUGCAGGCCGGGAUGGCUUACUACGAAUCAGACAAACUGACUCCAUAGAGCAAUACAUUGAGCUACUGUGUCACUCCUGUCGUCUGGGUGGAGGCCGAAGUGUGUCAUUCUCCUCAGACGGACUCACRCUCCUCACUACUGGCUUCAACGACGGCUCUCUUGUCUGUACUCGUCUCAGAAUUAAAGAUGUGGAUGAAGAAAAGGUGAAUAGGGCCGUCCAGUUUAGCCACUUUACAGCCUUGAAGGAAGUUUUUGAUUCUGAAAACCCUGUCCUCGUUAAACUUCCUGUUUGGGAUGAAGGCAGCACAAAAAUCCAGGAUGGAGAGGUCCAAGUUCAAACAUCUGUAAAUUCAACUGAAAAAGAGAGGAUCAGCAUCUCGUCGUCUGCCCCGCCCUCGGAUCUGACGUGGUUGGAAAACAAAAGAGAUAAAGUUUUCAAAGAAGACAAUGAGCGUUGCGAGGAAAAAGAACGCCUGAGGGAAGCUGUCAGACAGAUACGUGACUCUCUUCAGAAGAUGCUCCGUGAAAAUGACAGCCUCCCUGUAGAGCAGUUCAACCUAGACGUGGAGGAGCAGAGGAGACUGGAGGACAUGGUGGAGCAGGAAGCUGAGCGGGUGCGAGCUGAAACUGAGCAGAGCAUCGCAGAGACGUGUUACCUCCGCGACGUCCUGAAGUGGAAGUGCUGGGACUCUUGGAUGGUGAAAAGCAGGGCCAUCAAGGCCUUCCACUCUGAAAUGAUUGUAUGGAACUACCCUCUGAAGGAGCGAGCUCAGAGCAAACUGGAGGAGCUUCACCGGGUCCAGAAUAUGAGGAAACUCGAAGAGGCUGCCUGCACCCCGAGCGGCGAAAACAAAAGCUCGGAUGCAGAGGAGCAAAACCAGGAGGCGGAGGGCCGCGAGGAGGGGAGCGCUGCUUCCACGACGAGCUCCUCAGCCCAGUUUGAGCGCUCCAGCCCUUACAUCUACGACCAGUUCAGCCUGCAAACCACAGAACAGAGGAUCAAUCAGACGAUUCUGCURCAGGAUGUGAUUUAUGGCAUCAAGAUGGCGUUCAACGCSGAGUUUGAAGCUCAGCGCAGGCGGAAGCUGCAGGAGCUGAAGCWGGUGGGGGACAGGAACAAACGGAUCAGGGAGGUCGCGCAGGAGCUGGAAACGCAGCAGGAUCUGUGGGAGCCCGGCCUGACGGACAGCGAGUGUCCAGAGAGGCUGCUCACCGUGGACGACUCUGAGAUUAAAGCAGAAAAAUACCUCACCCCGGAGCAGAGAGAGGAGGAGGAGGAGAGGAAGCUGAAGGAGGAAACUAAUCUGGCUGCUCACGGUGAUGACCCUGAGCUCAGCACAGAACAAGCUCUGGAUGACAUGAUGUACGGACGGUUAAAAGUGGAUAUUUUAAAAAUGGAAAUCCCUCUGCCUGCGUUUGUUUUGAUCAAACCCAACAACCUCUGGAGCGAGGAGGAGAAAACAAUCUUCAAAGAAUAUGARAAGAAAACAAGCGACCUGAACGAGGAGAAGGACAAAUACAAAAGGUCUUUGGAAAAUGAAAUAAGAAAACUGCAGAAAUCCAACAAAGAAGCGACAGUAAGGUUUGAUCAGAUGCUGGCAACGCUGCUGGAGAAGAAAGUAGAAUGCACGGCAGCUAUUUACCAGGAAGAGCUAAAGAUCAUCUACCUGGCUGAAUCAGUGCUCACAGAAGAAGAGCUGAGAAAGUCAGAGCUGGAGCUCAAGCUCAGGCUUGAAAAGUUGCUGGAAUACAAGCAAGAAACCAGUAAAGAGGUGGUGAGAUGUGAGCACGAGGUAAAUCUAUUCCGGGAGGCAUAUGAGAACCUCGUAGCGAAAGACAAAGUUCUCGACAAAGACUUCAGGAAGAGCUUUCCAGACGUACACAGCCAAAUCGUGGACAAACUUUACAAACAGUUCAAACGCAGACCCAGAGUUCAAGCGAUGAGGGCCCAGACCGAAAACACCUCAGGCUUGUUUAAAGAGCACCGUCUGCACAGGCCCCUGGUUCCUGACGCGCGCAGCCAAAUGCUGAAAGGCAUGGACGAGCUGGAUUCUCAACAAAGCAUGCCGGAGGGCGUGAACCAGUUCACCUGGGAUCAAUUCUGUCUUUUACGCAAAGCGAAAGUGGAGAGCGAACUACAGGUCCAACUGAAAGCCCUGACUCUUGCCGAGAUGCAGGCCUUCCUGCAGAGAAGGAACGAUGAAGCCAAUGCUGCCCAACAGGAAAUUACAAACUGCUCCGAGGAACUUCAGAGGCUGCACAAAAGGAGGAACGAUCACCUGAUAAACACGAGGGUCCAAAUCACGCUGAAGCAGGGCCAGGUGGAGGCGUUAACCCCYGACCCGACGGCCGGCAGCACGGACGCCGACUUCCUUCUUUGCCACAAAAGCAGGAUAGACAACCUCAGAGAAGAAAUCAGGGAACUUGUGGAAGACAAGAUCGCUUUAAUAGAGAGGCACAAAGACGUCCGUAGGAAGACAAAGCAGAUGAAGUGGAAGCUGAAGGUGCUCAGGAACAAAAUACAAGACCUCAAAGACACGGAGAGGAACAUCAAGAUGCUGCGACUCUCUGAGCAGCAGCAGGAUAUGAAAUACUACAGCCAGAAGGAACAAGCUCAACACAUGUCCAAGCAAAUCUCCAGCAUGGAAGAAAGCAUAGCUCGGAUGAAAAACAUUCAUCAAAAAAAGGUGCAGCAAUGCCAGAAACGGAUCAGACAGAUUAAACAACAGGCGGCAGAGAAAACAAAAAGCACCGAGACUUUAGAGCGGCAGCUCCCUGACCUACAGGCGACUGUUGCAGAGCUGACGGACACCUGUGGUUUGGCAGCCACUGAGGAAAACGUGGCGGCUGAAAGAGAAGAGCGCUACCAGGAGAUCCUUGUGAGGAGGAAGUGGAAGGAGACCGCCAUUUCUCAGGCGGAGGAGCUGUUUCUCCUUGGCGAAGAAGUGGAGCGUUUGAGAAGGAAGAACUUCGUCUCCCUCGAUGAGCUGAACCACGACUGACRUAACAUGAAACAUUACAGUACAUCAGCUGAGAACAAACAACUAAUAAAACUUUCYUGAAACAUUG